AAUCUGUUAAUAUGUUACGGCAGCCCUUCGCUCAAAGACUAAUUUCAUAAGAAUGGAACAAUAUGAGAAUCUUAACUAAAUUAUUCCUACACUCCAAGGCGUACUCAAAUGCAAUCAGCAGCUCAGGGAAAUUCCAAUGCUUGCAAUACUUGAAGACACUGAGGAAUUUUCAGAAUGAUGGAUUUUACACGGUUUACUUGGGCGAAACACAUAUUUCUGAAAACCUGAUAACAGGCGAUGUGAACUCCAGCGUGGUCAAAACCAAAUCGCCUCUUGAAGAAUUGACUUUAAUCCAUGCUGGGGGAGUAAGAGGCUGGGUCCCCUGGCAAUACAGAGUCUUCUUCCAGUCACAGCAGCUAUGGAUGUCUCCAAAGCCUGUAGAUGCUAAUGAGCGGAUCUUUGAAGAAUUCUGUCAGGUGCUCAGGAAAACCUAUGGAAAAUGCACAGUGGUGAUGAGAUCCAAAUAUUGGGUUCCUGCAACUAAGCCACAGGUUCAAAGUUCCUCUGAAGACCAGUCCGUGACCCCUCCGUGGAACACAGAGGCCAAGCUCGACCCCCCUUCACAAUCUCCAGACAAUCCUCAAAUGACAAAGGUUUUUUGUCCCAGGAUUGCGAGACACCAUGGCCACGAGUUCCUGUACCUUCCACCCCCUUAUCCUCAUCUCAGUCCUUUAGAAUCAGCAUGGUCUUCGGUUAAAUGGGCCUUAAUCAACAAUAGGAAACAUUUCACUGUCACGGCCUUUCCAAAAAUAGACGACUACAAGCGCAUCCACUUGAAGGCUUUGAUUGAAAACGCAAUUGAGGGAGUAACGCCUUCCAAAUGGGAAACAUCCUUUAACCGAGUCAAGAAGUGGGAGAAUCGAUAUCUUGACAACCAAGCGCAGUAAGGGGCCUCUCCUCUGGUAAUUGCAAAUAAAAUAUCAAUGC